AUGAUCAUGAUUCGCAUCGUGAACAGGGAGUACUUGGUCGACCUAGACAAGAUCCCAUUCAUUACAAGGCUGGUCAGAACCCGAUGGUUCCCUACCCCAGGCACGACGGCCCAGGUGCUCAUGCUCGACACCGAAAUCCUCUUCUUCGGGCUAAUCAAUACUUCCCUCGGGGAUGGAUUUGGGGAGAUCUUCGGCAAAAUCUCAACGCGAAUGAAUAACUAUCGCAGGAUCUGCGAGACGCUCAAACGUCUCGAAAUUGACGUUUUUGUCGGCCGGAGCCUGAGUGAUAUCGUCCAUGAGCUCAAUCCCAACUAUGAAAAGUCAGAUGGAGACCGGCAGCUGACCCGAGAUCAGCGCAAGGAGAGAUCUUUGAACUCUGCCUUCCGGCUCAUUUAUCACUUUUAUGAGGGUGACUCCGAAUUGGGCGUGGUUUCUUCCAGUCGGGAAUCCAAUGAAGCGCUCUCCGUUCUCUCACAUUGCUCGAUUUAUACCAGACUUGCUCGCAAACUCGUGAAAACGGCUUACGUGGAGCGAUGUCAAGUCACUUCGAACCAGCUCGAGAGGCUCGAGGAGCUACCUCCUGGCCCUCCCAUACGGUAA